AUGCCGAACGUUGCUGCGGGUCGUCUCCAUCCUCUCCAGUUAUUGCAGAGCGACUCAUGCUCGCUGCUGAAGCUGCACAGCGAGUCCUCCUCGAAACGGUCGGAGUCGUCGAACGAGAAACGGUCGUUCUCUUCCCAUUCGAUUAAAUGGCCGGAGAGACCGGCGCCUUCCUCCGUGGCGCCGUUAGCGAUUCCGGAAUCGGCGGCGGCGGCGGCGGUGGGCGCCCCCGCACUUCUAGAGCACGCGCCACCGCCACCGUUGUUAUUGUUACCGCCGCCGCCACCGCUGUUGCCGGUACCACCAUUGCCACCGGUACCGGUUCCGCCACUACCACCGCCGGAUCUGCUGGCGUUACGUCCGACACCGCCGCCUCCGCCUCCGCCGCCGCCGCCGCCGCCGCCGCUGCCGGAGGACCGAGCCAGGUAUCCGUGCAGCGGUGCACCACCACCACAACCACCACAACCACCACCACCACCACCACACCACCACACCUCCUCCUUCUACUCCUCCUCACGCACUGUCUUCUAG